AUUACGCGCGCCGAACUGCGCAAAACGUUUGCGAGCGUUGCAGCAACAUGUAAUGUGGACGGGUAUAUGCGCACGAACGCGCCACUGCGUGCAUGCACGAAUUUGUUCGGGCAAGUGUCGGUACAUCAAAGAAAUUCGGCUAAGCGCGCGUUUAAAGUUAAGUGAAGUUUGGACGUAGUUGUGCGCAUUCCUGCAACACAAUGAGUGAAAUUGAAUGGAGUCGGGAGAAAACACUGCAAUUAAUUAACAUGUAUGAAACAAAAUCAGAAUUGUGGGACGUGAAAAACAGUAAUUACCAUUUACGAAAUAAAAAACAUGAUGCUUGGAAGAACAUAGCAACAGAAAUGGAAAGCGACGUUGAAGUAAUAAAGGCGAAAGUAGCAUCGUUGCUGUCAUCGAUGAGAAGAGAAAAGGCCAAAAUGAAGAAUUCUACAGGCACGGGGAAAGGUAGAAACGAAAUAUAUAUAAGCAAAUGGUUUGCUUUCGAAGCCUUUAAAUUUUUGUGGGAUAAGGACAGUGUAAAGGGCUCAAUAAAUACAGAAACGGACGAAGAAAGCACUACUGAUGAAACUUUCAACAAUUCAGAAUCGCAAUGUGUAGACAGAGAACCUCAAUCAGUUGUAGCAAAUGAUGAAAUCGAAUCGGGUAGUGUAGUUUCCGUUGGGACAAGUCCUCAAAUCCCAACAGCAAAACGUAAAAUUUUUGUAUCUCCCAAGAAAAUACUUCCGAAACGAAAAUGUGUACAAGAAGAUCCUAAAGUGUCUGCUGCAUACGAUCUGCUUAAGAAGGUCUCAACCACUCCAAAAGACGAGUGUCAUACUUUUGGUCAAUACAUAACAACACAGCUACAAAAAAUGGAUGAACGCACCCGAGCUGUUACAAUACACAAGAUUAAUAACGUUAUAUUUGACGCUGUAAUUGGAAGAUACGAUAAUGGUAGUGGAUCCAAUACAAGAUCCUCGGCAUCUACACCUUCCUCUUCACAUAGUUCCGGAAAUAUUGGGGCCGCCGAUCACCUUUUAUUCAAUGAACAGUAUCAGGAUCCAUUUUCCCAAGACACCCCUCAACCAAGUCCAAACUCACAAUCUCAGGAUUCAUGGGGUGCUGUACAACAUUAUUACAAUACAUUCGCGCCUUAAGCAGUGAUUACAAAUAUUCUCGUUUACAAAUUUUGUUGUGAUGCACACACACACACACCUUUUAUGGAUAACACUACGAAUAAAUGCAAUAUUUCUUACCUUUACGUAGUCUUUCAAUGCGUCACACAAAGCUUGGCACACUUCAGU